UUGAAUAUUUUGAAAGGACUUGAACCCAAAUCUUCUGAAUGACCAACAAAGUAACCAGGCAAUUAUGAUUAUAGAAAUAAGUUUAUUAAAUCAAAGUUCAUCUCAUUAACACCUUCAUUUUACAGAUGAGGAAACUGAGACACAAAAGUGUUAAUGAUGUAUCUAAAGUCAUUGGUUGGUUUUUUUUUUUUUUUAAAUUUCAUACCUUCUACCUUGGAAUCAGUACUGUGUAUUCAAGACAGAAGAGCAGUAAGGGUUAGGCACCGGAGGUUAAGUGACUUGACCAGGGUCCCGGAGUCAGGAUGUAUCUGAGAUGAGCCACCCAGCUGCCCCCCCAAAGUCACAGAUAUUAGAAAGGGGGCUGUGACCUCAUCUGGUACCCUCUUUUAAUGGAUGAGGAAACUGAGGCACGUAAAAGCUGGAGAACUCCUUUCCCCUCUCUGACCUAAAAAAGCUAUUCCUUUUUCCCACCAGACCCCCGGGACUCUCUCUAGUACCAGAGUGCUUUUCAUAUGUAAAUAUUUCCCUUGGUUUCAGUCCAAGGAAAAGGCCGGCCUGGACGCCAGAGGAGGAGGAAACCAAAGGCCUAACUAAGCCUGAGUCUGUUCCCAGCUGUCUGCCAGGCUGCAGCCGGCGCAGGUGCGUGCUCCAAGAACGUUUCACUCUGGGAGAUUUCACCAAGGCCCUCUUUACCACGCUUCAGCCUCUUAAAUAGAAGGAAAUGAUUAGAAAACAGAAUAUGAUAAGUAGCGGGUACUCCCGCGAGACACUGCAAAGAAGCCUCGUUUGGGGCUGGGAACGGGGCGGGGGAGGGGAAAAGCGAAGGGCCGCGCAUCCAGCCUCUUUCUCGUUUUUUUGUUGUUGUUGGGUUUUUUUUGCCACCGCCACUGCUGCUCCGCCCCUCACCGCACUUGGCCUGAGACUCUUUUCCUCGAACCCCCUCCUCACCUCACGCAAGAGCGCAGGGGCGUGCACGUUCCCGGGCCUUGCGUGGGCGCGCUGCCAGUCAGGGUCUGCCUGAGAGGGAUUGUACAGGUUCUGUCGUCCGUCCAUCGGUCAGUCCGUGGCUUUCGUGAGUGGGCGUGUUGGCUAGAGGCAGACAGCGGCCCUGAUCGAUCCCGCUGUGUCCGGACUGAAAGAGGCCUCUCCCGGGGUUCGUUCCGAGGGGGAUCGGCAUGUCGCAGAAAAAGAAGGGCCGAGGCCUUCCCCGCGCGAGCACUAGCGGCGGCGGCGGCGGCAGCUACGACGAUGGCGGUACUAGCGGCCCCAGCACCAGCGGCGGGGGUGACGGUCCCAGCGGGAGCCGCGAAACCAGCGGCCCCAGCACCAGUAGCGGGGGCGGUGGCCUUGGCUUUAGCCAGGCUCACGUGGAGGCCCUAGCUCAGGCCUUGGCCCAGGCUGGCCCCUCCCAGGUAGAUGACGUCAUGGAGGAGGAGGGGUGUGAGGAGCCCGGGCCUUCCGCUACCCCACCGAUGCCCUCCACCUCCUCGUCAUCCUCCACCUCCUCCCAGGCCCAAAAGAAGCCAGCCAAGCGCACUGAGGCCCAGAUCCAGCAGAAGGUGAAUGAGCUAGUGCAGUUCCUGCUAGUGAAAGACCAGAAAAAAGUGCCCAUCCGUCGAGCAGACAUGGUGAAGACCGUCCUGCAAGACUACAAGGACAUGGCUUCUGUGAUCAUCGAGCGUGCUGGCCAAACUCUGGAGGAGGUCUUCGGCCUGCAGCUCACAGAAAUUGACCGUAAGCACCAUGCCUACAUCCUCAUCAACAAGCUGGAGCGCCUGGAGGGGGAUGGUAUGAAGGCUGAUGAAGGCGUGGCCAAGAUGGGGCUCCUCAUGGUGAUCCUGAGCCUCAUCUUCAUGAAGGGCAACUCGGCCAGGGAGUCUCUGGUCUGGGAUGUCCUCAAGAAGCUUCGGGUUGAUCCAGAGAAAAGACAUAAGACCUUUGGGGAUGUCAAGAAGCUUGUCAAGGAUGAGUUUGUUCGCCAGAAAUAUUUGGAGUAUAUUCGAGUCCCCCAUUCCGAGCCUCCUGAAUAUGAAUUCCUCUGGGGACCCAGAGCUGCCCAUGAGACAAGCAAGAUGCAAGUUCUUCGCUUUGUGGCAAAGAUUCAGAAUCGGGAGCCUUCAAGCUGGGUGUCCCAGUAUAAUGAGGCCCUCCAAGAUGAAUUGGCAUCUGCCUCUGCAUCUGCCUCUGCUUCUGCUUCAUCUGGCAACUAAACCACCCAGGCCAGUUUCAGGUACCAGCAAGCAUUUUCCAGACUGGUAUCAAGAAAGCAAAAAUUCCCCAAGUUUUGAUAGGACUUGUGCAUAUGUACCACAGGCUGAAAACCAUUUUACCCUCCAAGGUCCAACAUGAUUCAACAUUUUUUCCCUGUUCUCUUAUUCCUGAUCCAGAGACUUUGUGGACAGACUUUAACCACUACUUCCUCUUAACCCAGAUUGGCUAAAGACUUUUUAACUGAAACUCAUUGCUUCAAAGGACUUGCCUUCCCUUAACCUUGGGUGAGCUUUCCUAUCCUUGAACCCAUCCCUGGAUAGAAUUAUUCAACUGUCUCAGACAUAUGCCAAGCCUGUGUUUCUUUUUCAGUUAAUAAAUUUCAUCAGCAUUCA